AUGGACCCUGUAGACAGCCAGAGUACGACGACCGAGGUGCAUGUCGCUGCCGCCGGCACUGACGCGGACGCCCAGGGCCAGGAGAAAGUCGACGCGCCCAAGCCAGCAGCCAAGCUAGACAUAGAGCAUGCGGUGGUUCAAGACGACCCACGCCAAUGGCCCAAGACUCGAAAAUAUGUUAUGGUCUCUAUGAUCUCAGCGGCGGCUAUGAUUGCGGGAUUGGGAGCGAAUAUCUAUAAUCCUGCCAUUGCACAGAUCGAAUCUGAUCUUCAUGCAACCCCCAGCCAGCUUAGUCUGACGCUCUCCCUUUUUAUCCUUAUUCAAGGCGGAUUCCCCCUUAUAUGGAGUGCAAUUAGUGAGAUACGAGGGCGCAAGGCAGUGUACUUGGUCUCAAUAUCCGUCUGCACGAUCGGCUGCAUUGUAGCAGCGACAGCAAAGACUAUCAACGUGCUCAUUGGCAUGCGAUGUCUACAGGCAGCCGGCUCGAGUGCGGUAAUAUCCAUCGGAGCCGCCACUUUGGCGGAUCUAUACGACCCACAUGAGCGGGGAACGAUCAUGGGUAUCUACUACUGUGCUCCUCUACUUGGCCCGUCGCUUGGGCCCAUCCUGGGUGGUGUCCUAACGCAAGGCUUCAACUGGCGCGCUACGUUCUGGUUCCUUGCCAUUUUCACCGGUCUUUGCACCAUCUCCUUCAUCUUCUUCCGAGACACCUUUCGGCGGCAACGCAGCAUGAUUUACCAGACUGCGCUGAAGCGCCUCAUGGAGGCCGAGGCGAAGAAGGCUACCGAGAAGCAGCAGACAUUGUCGGAGAAAGAGACGGUUGUCGGCCAGCAGAACGACGAGGACCGCAAAAGUGAUCGAGACGUAGAGGCGCAGACGCAGACUGACGCUGUGCCAAUCAAAGAGCUGAAGCUGUCUCUCAAAGAUGUCAACCCGAUUGGCCCCAUUGUUCAUGUCCUCCGUCGCCUCAAUAAUCUUGUCGUCCUGCUUGCAUCAGGUCUGCUGUUCGCGUUCAACUACAGUAUAACGUACACCGCCUCGCGAACGCUAGCUAAUGAAUAUCACUACGACGCACUGAAGAUCGGACUCGUCCUCCUUGCCUAUGGCAUAGGCUGUCUCUUCGGCAGCAUCCUUGGCGGGCGCUACUCCGACUACGUCUUCCUCAAAGUAAAGGCCCGACACGGCGGCAAGAGCUACCCGGAGGCACGCAUGUGUACAAUGCGCCUGCAGAGCACCAUGGUCCCCAUGAUCUUCUUCCCGCCCUCCGUCGUCGCAUACGGCUGGGUGUGUGAGGAACACGUCAGCGUCGCCGCAGUCUGCGUCAUGUUGUUCCUUGCGGGCUUCUUCCAGAUAUCCAUCUAUUCCAGCACCUUGGCGUAUAUCGUAGAUGCCAAUGUAGGUCGCUCAUCGUCAGCGGUAGCGUCUAACAGCUUCUUUCGCGGCCUUUUCGCCUUCGUCGCUACCGAAAUCGCCGUCCCGUUGCAGACCUCUAUUGGAGAUGGUGGUCUCUACUCUAUGUGGGCAGGCAUCAUGGUUCUCUCCGAGCUCAUGCUCUUGCUCGUGUGGUGGAAAGGCGGCCAAUGGCGCGAAAACGCCAUUGCGAGAGAGACACGCCAGUCGUAGUCAUACCUCAGCAAGUCACCACGUCGGAUCUCCCUGCGGAAUAUAGACAUAGAUUUAUGACUUUUGGUUUCACUGACGACUUGUCGGAUGCUCGUGGAGAAUACAAUUGUAUUACACACAUAUUAUAAUACACGAUCGUCUAUAAGUAAAAU